AUGGUUAUCACUCGUAGUCAAAGUUCAGUUGCUACAUCAACAGCAGCAGCUUUAAGAUCUACAUAUAAAAUAAGCAAACAACCAGAAUCAUCAACUCGUAGUCGUCCAGUUAAUAAAACGUCAAAAAGAUCACCAUCACCUUCACCUCCUAAUCCUAUUCAUCAUUCUUGUUCAAAAUUAUCUAAGAAAAUCUUACGUAAUAAUAAUGUUAGUAAUACUAUAUCAUUUACGUAA